AUGAGGACAGCGCGAGCAAAACUCGUCAGUAAAAAUCAAGAGAAAAAGGGGGAAAGAUACCUCACAUCACUCUUCAAACUGUGGGAAUCGGAAACCGACACUAUGAAUAGAAUCAAUAAAUAUGACAAACCAGCAAUGACAAUGGUCAGCCAUAAAAGUAGGUUCAGAAAAACACAAGCAGACCUUGAGAUCAGAAGAAAAGCUACAAAGCAACAGGACGUGAAAGGGAAGUGGAAUCAACUGGUGGAACGGGCAUACCCGAACUACAGUUCAAUAUACACGGAUGGGUCAAAAACUAAAAACGAAGUAGCAGCAGUGGCAAUCUGUCUGGAAAAAGAAUUGGAUGUGAGUGUGGCUAUGAACAAGGAAGUUACAAUAUUCUCAGCUGAAAUUCAUGCCAUCAAAAUGGCGAUCAGAAUGACGGCCAGAGAAAAAAUUAAUAGCGUGUUGAUAUGUACAGAUUCCCAAUCCACCCAGAAGGGGCUGGAGAGACCAGGUAGCCCCAAAGAUUCCAUCGGCAUGAUGGAAAUCAGGCAAAGCUUAAUGGAAGCUAAAGACAUGGGAAUAAAUAUAGUCAUGGUAUGGACACCGGCACACAAGGAAAUUGAAGGCAACGAGGAGGCAGAAAAACUGGCGAAGCAAACUGCUAAUGAAGAUAACCCACAACACAGAUUAGAAGGCUUGGAAGCAGAGUACUACAAUGAAAGAUUCAAGGCAAAUCUAUACCAGGAGGCAUACGAGGACAUGAUCAAAUACCCCAAGGGAAAGGAGUAUUUCAAGCAUAUUAAAAAGUUUAACAGUAAACCGUGGUUCCAUGGACUUGGGUUCACUAGAGAUCAAAUAACAGUUUUAAACAAACUUAGGAGUGGACAUAACCAGGUCAAAGUCCACCUGCAUAGAAUGCAGAUUGUGGAGGAUGCGAACUGUGAAUGCGGGAAGCAUCCCCAAACUCUAGAACACGUUAUUUGGGAAUGUGAACUGGUUGAUAAGAAUGACAGAAUAAAAUUGUGCGGUCCAAUCACUGGUCUUCUCAUCUUCACCAACAGUGACUUACCCUUUACAUAA